AAAAACAUUGGACUUCCAGCAGCUAAAUACUUCUGAGGAUUCAGAAGGCCACAAAGCUAGAUACUCAAGCAUUCUUUUUUCCUUCAGAAGAUUCUUCAGGUUUCCAGUUUAAGCUGUGCAGCGCAAACAACAAUCCAACAUUCAGUGCAGAUCACACACUGCAGGAAGAGGAGAUGUGUUUUCUGACCAAGCAUCCAGCUCUUGGGGUGGUAUGUUCUGCUUUCAUAUUCAGCGUGCUCCUUGCUGAAGGACAGCCUGGGGAAGAGCAUGGGCAGGAUGGCAGCAAUCCUCCCAGCAGAGGCUCUCUGGUGGAAGUUUUACGCGUUCUCUCAGCUGAAAACACUGAGCUCCACAUGAACCACUCACGAGAACUGGUCAAAAUGUUACUGGAGAGAGCUGAGUGCCCACAACGGAUUUAUGGCAUGCAAGAGGAUUGUAAUCUGUGCCUUGAACCAGAUGCUUUGUUACUGAUAGCUGGAGGAGAUUUAGAAGAUAAUCUCAGUGAAGAAGUAUUUGAGAGAAUUUCUCUUAUUCUUCUCUACUACAUUCUUCAUCAUAGAGAUAUGUGUUCUUCAGAAUUUAGCUUGAUUGAUAAGGAUUAUAAAUUUUACCUACAAAGUAUGCUUAGUUUAAGACAUGAUGAAGAUUGUUACUAUUUUUCACGGAAUGAAACUGAAGAUAUUUUAGCUGCAGUAAGGCAACAUUUUAAAACUUCUGAAAACCAGUGUGUUGAUGUGAGCACUCUGGAGAAAAAUGCUGAUAUAAUGGACAGAGAUGGUGCUGAUGAAAACACUCUUCCACGCCUGGCUGCUUUAAUCCUUACUCUGGCUCUCCAAGGAGUCUGUAUGGGGAAAGCAAGUUUGCCUUCCCCAGAAUUCUUUAUAAAAUAUAUUUUCAGUUCUCUAAAUAGUACCACUGAGCUCCAAGUGACAGAACUAGAACAGCUACUCAAUGUGCUUAGAGUCAAAAGGACCUGCGCUGUAAAUGGACAAUUUCACAGUCACAAAAGAAGACGUUACAGUAUGGCAAUCAGAGAUAUUGGAAGAAGAAAUCCUCCAGUCAAAGGAAACCAUACAAAAGGAGAUUAUCUGGAAGGCUAUUUUGAAGACCAUGAAAGGAACACAGACUGGGACCAGGUUUGUUUCUCUGCCAAUGAACUUGUGAAGAUAUUUUUGAAAAACAGUUCUUCCUCCAUUUCUAAGGACCACUUCAAGCAAAUCAGUCCAGCUAUCAUUCAACAACUUUUAAGUUGUUCAUGUCAGCUUCCUGACUUCAAACAGACAAAGCUUCCACCAACAACUGUGGAAAAAUAUGGUUACAGCACUGUUGCGGUUUUACUUAUUACUAUUGGAUCUAUGUUUGGUACAACUCUCAUUUUAUUUAACUCCUGUCAAGAAAUCUACACACUCAUUUUACAGCUGUUUGUCGGUUUGGCUGUUGGAACCCUUUCUGGAGAUGCAUUGCUACAUCUUAUUCCUCAGAUUCUUGGUUUGCAUAAACAUGAAGCACAAGACAUAGAACAUUUCUAUGAGGGAAAAGAAUAUAUUUGGAAACUUUUGGGAAUAAUUGGAGGAAUUCAUGGAUUUUUUCUGAUAGAAAAGUGUUUCUUUCUUUUGGUAACACCUCGUGACCAGCAGGGCCUUUCUUUAGUUAAUGGGCACUGGGGACAUUCCCAUGAUCUUCCAGUGGAGUCUGAAUUAAAUGAACAUUCAGGCAGAGGCAAAUCUACUUCAACCAUACAGUUGAGAAGCCCGGAAGAUUCUGAACCUGCUGAAGUUCCUCCAGAGAGCAAGGUGAUCAGCAAAAAAAAUAAAAAAAUCAGCUUGUUAGCAAUAAUGGUUCUGGUGGGUGACAGUCUUCACAAUUUUGCUGAUGGCUUGGUAAUAGGAGCAGCAUUCUCAUCCUCAACAGAAACAGGUGUGACAACGACUGUUGCUAUUUUAUGCCAUGAAAUUCCCCAUGAAAUGGGAGAUUUUGCUGUGCUGCUAAGUACAGGGCUCCCAACGAAGAUUGCAAUUUUGAUGAAUUUUAUAAGUGCACUAACAGCAUUCUUAGGACUUUAUAUUGGCCUUUCUCUAUCGACUGACCCAUCCAUUCAAAACUGGAUCUUUACUAUUACAGCUGGAAUGUUCUUGUAUUUAUCUUUAGCAGAAAUGCUUCCUGAAAUGACUCAUAUUCAGACACGGCGACCCUGGUUGAUGUUUCUCCUACAGAACCUUGGAUUACUAUUAGGCUGGCUUUGCCUCUUACUUUUGGCUGUAUUUGAACAGAAAAUUAAAAUAUAAGUUUUCUGUUGGAAAUCUCGAAGUACCACUUGUGACAGUGGAUAGCAUUAUUCACAAUUUUGUUAUGUCUGCCAUAGUAAUAUGUAAAUUAAGUUGCUGGGAUUUUAUAUCUGAACAGUAGAUAACUAUUUUACUUUAUUAACUUAUUGUUCAGAUUUUUGUAAUUAUUUUUUGUAAACAUAAAUGUUUAGAAUUAUGUUUUAUUUGUUACUGAGUUUACCAGAUGCCAUGCUCAAACUCACAGGAGCUUUUAAUUAGUUUUUAUUGAGACUGUUCUAGUUGAAUGCUCUAAGUGAUCUCUGCCAGUCUGAUUGAGGAAAAGAAUAAAACACUUUUAUAUGCAAUAAUUAAAGUGGACUAACCAUAGCUGAAUAAUUUGAA